AAGAAUGUACCCGAGUACCCGCGUUCCAGACUGAUCUAACUCGAUAUCACGUUGUGCGUGGCGUGGUCGUUUUGUUUUUGUUGUCGUUUGACGGUUUCAUUCAUCGGAAAACUGUCCGGUGGUGGAUUUUCUUCCGUUCUGGCGGUGCAGGGUGGUUCUGUGAUCUGACUUGUGCUACAAAUAGGUCUUGCGCUCAAAUUACUCCCGUUCAAUUGGAUUAUGUGAACGAUGCAGAUAGCAGCGGAGACCGACUUAAUUUAAUUGAUUUUCCAAUUAAAUUAAAGUCAUUAACCAUGCACAACCCGUAUACCCUUCCAUGCGACUAUUGCGGCGCUGACAUCUGCAAAUGGUAUAUUGUUUGCUUCAUCAAAUAGCCUCCUGUUAGCAGUUCUGUCCUUAACUUACCUGUGUCUCUUAGUUAACUGCAUGUAUUGUUUUUUGUGAUUUCCGUGCACCGUCAUCGAUCAGCAUGUUAUCUGCAAACGUGCUGUGUCUGAAGAAGAGGAAAAAACGGACCUACUGCCUUUCCGGUUCGUCGGUCAAAAAGGAUGCCUCCGCGGCAAAGGAUGCAAGGUCCAGCGGUGGCGCCGUGACAAUGUUGCAGAUUACUGAGGACACUCCACCUGACAUGUUGGCCGGGGCCAUGGACCUUACGGUUCACCUUCCGACAGGCCGGGCGGUGAAAAUGGCAGUAGAAAGGAGUACACCGAUGAUGGACCUUCUUGUACAAAUAACAACGAACCAUCACCUCCAGCUGUCAAACUACACCCUCCAAGCCUUAGGCAUGGCCCCCUCCUCAGAGCACAGCGAUAAAAUCCUCCCUUACAAGCCAAAUACGCCGAUAGGCACCCUGGAUACCCAGCACAUCAAAGUUAUUCCAAAGGCAAGGUCACUUCCGGUGCCCAAAAACGUCCCCCCAGGACAUCAACCCUUCGAAAGUACCUUCAGGCUAAAAGUUCAUCUUCCCAGGAAUCAGCUUUAUGUUACUAGGGUCAGCAGGAACGUAUUGCUCGAGAACAUCAUGAAGAAGGUUUGCGAGGAGAAGAAUUUGGACCCUGAGAAGUACGAAUUCAGGCAUCCGGGUAACCUAGAUGAGGUGUUGGACCCCAAGCUCACUCUCAGCGACUAUCAGAUCACGGAGAUCUACGUGGUGUCGAGGGGAGCCUCUAGUUUGAACCAGGCGUUUUCCACGAGCGACAUUAUGGCCCUGAGGAAGGAAGAAGAGAGGAAGCAGAUGCACACCAAGACCGGAGGUGGCGUUUUCAACUUGAUUUUUCGUCGAGGAAAAUCGAGUAUGGGUUCCGGAUCCAUCUCGAGCGACACUCGUUCGAUAUCUCCUACCCACAGCGACGACUCCAGGUCGGUGACUCCUCCAGCAGUCCAACCCCAAAUAAUAACACCUCCAAAGAAAGACCAGCCUCAGGAGCGGCCCAAACCCCCGCAAAGAAAGAGAAGACCCGCUCCGAAGCCCCCUCAGCAAAAUGAUAGCAAACGAAAAGUCUCAGUAGAGAAACCCCCAAGUAACAUUUCCGAAACCGCAAAUGAGGUCAACGAGUUGCAAUCCAAGAAAGUGGAGAACGGCCUGACGAUUUGUCAUUCGAGGAAUAGUUCGGAUAGUUCUGGAUACCACGAGGCUUCUGUAUUGAGUGAAAAUUGUUCGCUUCCGAGAAGGCCGAAAUCUGCCUUCGUCACCGGAGGCGAUCUGGAGAAAAUGUCCAAGCAGCAUAGUCAAAGUACAACUAAUUUAUCUAAGAUGUCGUCUCAUUCUAAGUCAACGACCAGUCUAGGAAUACCAGGUCGCAAAAAGAAAGCAGCUCCUCCUCCCCCACCUGUAAUAUGCUCCUCAAAUAGCUCUUCGAUAAUAAACGUAGAAAAACCUAGUCCUGUAGUUGCUAGUCAGCCCACUAUCAUACAGAAAGAUACACAUUAUACAACACAGGAAAACGUAGCUACACCCUCUAAUAACCCUGUACCCUUACCUAGAAAUAAGGCAAAGGCACCUCCAAAACCCCGACCUAGAAGUGAAAUAGUUUCUUCUAAUAAAUUCCUGAGAACUUCAACUAAUCCACAAAGCAAAGUAGAAGAUGAAAAUCUUCGGAAGAGUCAGAAACAGAAGCAAAUCAAAGAGGAAGAAAUGUCAGAUAAAAUUACUAUUGCUAAAGAUAGUAUGCACUCUGAGCCUCAAAUUGAAAUUGAUACCGAAAAGUUUAUUGCUGAAGAGAAAAAACCUAGAAUCAAUAAAAUUAUCAUUGAAACUAAAGUGGAUAAUGAAUGUAUUGUAAAUGAAAUCAUCAAAGAAGAAUUAGGAGGGAUCGAUAAAAACGAAAAUCAAGUCAAAGAUAAUAAGAACAUAGUGGAGAAUAGUAAAGUUGCUGUGCCCAAAACUAAAGAAACGAAAAAGGACAUAGCAAAAGAUGUUUUGAAAAUUGAUUCUGAUUCAACAGUUAAUCAAAAACCUGAAGUGAAAACUAGACAGAAAACAAAGAUCGAAAGAAACCUUGAAAAGCUAAAUGAAUUAAACAAGCUGGAACAGGAUACUCCAAAAUUAUCAAAAAAUCUUACAAAGUCAAUGCCUGACAUUUCCCAGCUUCAGAAACUUACUCACGAAGAUAUAUUUUCCUCUCCAGAGUUUUUGAAUGAAAGAAAACCUCCAGAAGUAAUCGCUAUGAUUCCCAAAGUGUCCAAAGAAAAAAAAGGAUCACCCACUAAAUUUGACACUUUUGGUAAAAGACGUUUUCAAAUUGGUACUUCUCUGUUAGAGAACUUCGAUGACACAGCUAGUAUUCAUAGCAAAGUGUCCAAUGAUAGUAAGACUGGAAGUUUCACUAGAAAUAAUUCAGUUAAUUCAGCGCUGGAAGCUUUUAAUUUUGUGGAUGAAUUCUCAGAUUUAGAUGAAAAUACAUUUUCUGGUUCUCUUUCCAAGAACUCAAAAGUUAGCAAUGAAAUUUUUAAUCAGCUAUUCGGAAUGCACAACUUUGACGAGAUUGAAAUGCAUAAAAAUCAGUCUAUAAGUAGUUUAAGGAGUUUAAGAAGUUUACCGGGCUUUAUGAAUGACAGUAGAGGAUUAAAAAAAUGGAACAAUGUUGAAGACUUGGACGAUAUUUCUUUAACUUCAGUGGAAGUUAAAAACAAAUGGAUCUUUAGUGAUGCUUCUGACACAGAAUCAAUAUUGUCUUCAAAUAUAUCACCAGCUAGAGAUACUUUAAUAUCAGUGUCGUCCUAUCAAAGUAACAGUUUAUCCACUGAUCAAAUUAAAUUGGAAGAUAAAUCAUUUGGUUCCACAGACAGUGGUAUAGCACCAGAGAAUCAAAUCGACAAAUCUUCGGAUCUUGAUGUAGAUAGGCCUCUUACUCCUCCACCACCUCCUGUCCUUGAAAAAGAAACAAAAUUAUCAGAACCCAUCCUUCCUCCAUCAGUUAUAUCCGAAACAACACAGGGAAAAAUUGAAGAAAUUAAAAACGACGACCUUAAAUCUGAGAUUGUUCCUAAGAGACAACCAGUGAAGGACAUUCAAGAACCGAAAGUAGAACCGAUUAAAGAGUUACAAAUUAGCUCUGUCAAUAAACCAGUAGAUGAACUUAUCAAAGAGUCUACUGAACAAUUGAAGGCACCAAGUGUUGGAAGAGAUUUGAAAACAGAUCCGGAAAUAAGUGAAAUAGACUGGCACUAUCAACUUCCUUCGCCUCCUAAAGCAUUUAGGGAUUCUAGUCCAGCACAUUUUAACGAAGAUGAAAGUUUCACAGGUCAGUCUGUUACCGAUUUCAAAGACUCUGUAGUCACAUCUCCAGAACUCUUUGAGAAAUUAAAGGCCGUUGAGGACAGUCAAUCCGAAAAGGGAACAGUCACUAGUGACUUAACUAGUGUUGUUAGUGAAGAGGAGAAGCCUUUACUUAAUACGCUUUCUUUGGAGAAUUUGGAAAAACGAAAGUCUUUAGUAUAUAACAGAGAAUUAGCAACUAGUCUAAAAAUGACUGAUAUUAUAGAAUCCAAAAGUGUUAAAACUGACACAUUUUCUAGUUCUUUAAAGCAGUUUGAGUCAACUUACAAUGAAAUAAGUAAAUCUAGUCUGCCCCGGGAAACAGGGGAAUUAACUUACAGAAAAGUCAAUACCUCCACACACACUUUACCAAAUUUUAAAAUUUCUACUUAUGACCAACCAAAACAAAAAAUUAAAGUCUUUGAAGAUGACACGAUACGAAGCAAUACAGACUAUUUUAAUACCAACACAGCAGAAACAACUAGUUUUUCGUCUUCACAUCGCAAAUCCGAUGGUGGUCACUCUAUAGAAGUUCUUCCUGUUAGGAAGAGCAGUUUAGAUGACCAGUCAAAUCAUUCACAUGAAGAGAGAGAGUACAAAUUCUACAAGCCACAGGUAUCUGCGAUGCCAAGAAGUUUUGGACCAAUGUCUAGUAUAUUUAGAUCAGAAUCUUUCUCGAUUGAUAAUACAUGGGUGCCCGCUAAACCAGUCUCUAGGUCUAAGUCACAGCUGACUUUAAACUCAAACAAAUACAAAGAAGAAAAAAUUGAAUCUAGUAUAGAAGAUUUAUCGAGAAGCAACAGUUUAUAUGAUGUGUCUGGUCUACAAAGCUUAGAGGUUAUGAAGCUUAUACAAAACAAGCUCAGCACCCCUACCUCAUCUGUGGAAAAUCUUAAUCACAAGGAAAAAUAUUCAGGCAACUCGGUAAAGUCUGAACUUAAAACUAAAGUUGCUGUUCAGCCUACUGCAGUGGAAAAGCCGCAAAAGCCUGAUGUUCCGGAGAAAAUAUAUAAAUACCGAGGUCCCCCAUCCAUCAACAUGGGAACGUGGUCAGAACGACCAAAAAUUCCCGUCAGUGUGAAAGAGGAUGCGGACUAUAAGUUAGGCAAUAACGUGUCUUCAAAACUUAUAGUAAAUACUACUAAUAAUAACGUUACUAGUAAUAACAGUAUAGAAGUAAAAAAUAAUAUAUCAUCAACUUCUAUUAACUCCACUUCAUAUAAUAAAGGAUCUAAUGUUAAUGUUAGCAGUUACGAUGAUAGAGGAGUAAAUAAUGUUAGUAUUAAGGUAAAUGGUACUGAACCUGUUAGUAGUAUGCAAACUUCGGGAAAUGUUGUGAUAAAAAUAGGUAUUUUAAGUUCACAAAAUUCAAAAUCAGUAGAAAACCAAAGGUUCAUUAAUCACACCACCGCGAUGGGUUACAGGAAACCCUUUUCAAAUAUAAACAAAAAUCAACCAACCACACGUCCUCAUUCCGUAUCAUACGAGUCAGAUUUUGAUAUUUCAAGAGUCCCUGUAGUAAGGUCGGUAGAAUUAAAGAAACCAUAUAAGGGCAGCAAUAACAAUAACACUUCCGUGACACAAAUAUAUCAGGGAGCUGACAGUUACAAGUCACACACUUUGAAUAGAACAGAGCCAGUAUCAGAUUUAAAAAAUAAGUUUUCAACUAAGUAUAGAAGUUCGGAGAACUUGUGCAAUAAUUCGUAUUCUAACCAUGAGAACAAUUUAAGUGUAGGCAAGGAUCCCAAACCCAUUUUCAGAGUAAAUAGUUAUAAACCGUCUAUUGCCCCCACUGUAAGAGGAUUUAAAACCUCAAAUGACAGUGCAAAUCUUACCAGCAGGUUAUCUUGGAAUUCUCCAGCUAGUUAUAACACCCUUCCUGCAAAAUCGAAAGAGAAAGAGGGCUAUACUACUAACAAGGACGUACCUUUUUCCCAGUCCAAUCUAAGAAGGACUGAGUCUAGUAAGUUAGUGGACCGAAAUGGACAUAAUAUUGAAUAUAAUCCCAAUAACUAUGUAGAGAUACAUAAUGAAAAAAAUAGCACUUAUAACUCCUUACCGAGUGUAACAAAAUCUGAUAUUAUUAAACCACCUCCCCCUCCAUCAAUGCCUAAAGCAAAUGUAAAAAAAUCAUUAUCGAAACCAAUCGGUGCAGAAGUGGAUUCAAGAGAUCAAUUGCUGUCUGCAAUUCGGAACUUUGGGGGCAAAAAGGGAUUAAAAGCUGUGAAAGCCUGAAAGUUAUAUUGUAUUUUGUAUCUUGUAAAAUAUACCUAUCAGUAGUUUUUUUACUACUCUGUAAAUAGUAUCUGUUGUAGUCAUUUACUGUAUUUAAAGCUCAAUUAUAUAAAACUAAUUUUUAGAAUCAUAUAAAUUAUUUAUACCCUAAUUACAUAUCCCAGAUAUUAAUUCAGUUUUGUUAAGCCGCAUUAAUCAAGUACAAACUCGAUUAAUAGUGGUUGUUAUUCUUCUUGUGCAUAUGAGCUAAGUAAUAUUCUUACUAGUUGUAGUCUUUGCAAGACUUAGAACAUAUAGGGACCAAAGGUUUUGUGGAAUAUUUAUUUGUUACAUACUCGUACUGUACUGUAUUAAAUUUAAUAAAUUAUUUAAUUGCU